AUGAUUCAUGAAGAUAAAGAAACAUUAGGUACCGAUCAAUGUAUGGAGGAUGAUGUCUCUAACGAUACUUCAAAUGAAUCUAUUAUUUCAGCUAAUGACCCACCAACACCAACCACUACUACCACUACCACUACUACCACUUCCACUUCCACUACUACUAAUAAUAAUAAUAAUAAUAAUAAUAAUAAUAAUAAUAAUAAUAAUAAUAAUGACUAUUACAAAUUCUUUAAUAUUCGUAAUAGAUCAAUGUCAUUCACUCUAUUUCCUAGUGUAGAUUUAUUUAAUCCAUUCAGUUUGAUGUAUUCUGCCAAAGACAUUAGAAGAAUCAUCAAAGCCGAGGAUGGUAUGACUGAUAUCCAAGUUAUAAGAUCUAUUUUAAAAGUAGAUUUCCUCAGGAGAAUAUUUGAAGCCAAUCCGAUCGAUGUACAUAUCAGAACAAACGGUUAUUCAGGUGGUGUUGUGUUUAAAAGCAAAUCAAAAAAAGUUCAAAAACAAUACGAAUUGAUUGGUUUAAAAGACAUAAAAGAUAAAGAUGUACUUACUGAAGAACAAUUUGAACAACUUGGUGUAGUAGUUUGUGAUCCAGCACCAAACCACAAUGUUUGGUUAAAUAACAAACAUCCGUUUGCAAACGGUGCUGGUGAUUAUUCUUUCCGAAAGAAUGUCAUUGACGUGAAGUCUUCAACGCAUCACUUUCAAUCCGAGUCUGGUCUGAACAAACACAAAAAGAAUAAGCUACUUGGUCACGAUUUAAUGAAAUGGCAGUCUGACAUACCUUCAGUCAAUGGGUCCAGUACAAACGAUAUUACAGAUCUUGCAAUAUAUGAAAAACGUUUGGAAUUUAUAUUCAAAUCGGUUUUUUUACCACCAGAACAAAGAAGUUCAGAUAUCAAACCAUAUGGUAUUCUAAGGGCAGUCGGAGAAGAGAAAAAGAAAGAGCAACGAGUCUGCCUCUCAAACAACACCACCAUUCCAUAUCACUCAAACCAGCAUAAAUCCGUCUUCCAUCAGUAUCGACAAUGUCAUGGUGAUGCGUGGCAAAAGGUUGAUUUGGAUCGAUCGCGAUCAAAGAAGCACAGUGAAUCAUUAAAUUCGAAAAAAUUGUUCAACUUUGCAUUACAAUCGAUUCCUAUCAAGCAGUUAACUCAUGAUCCAAUGCAGAUCGAUUCCACCGAUCCCAAUGAUCCAAAGCAGAUCGACUCCACCGAUUCCAAUACUCCAAAGUGCGUGCCAAAGUUGGUAUUCAAGGGUAACAAUGUACCCAUCCAAUCCGACAGGGAAUCAUCUCAAGAGAAAAGUGGUGCCAAUAAGAUGAAGCUACGACGCGUUGGAUCUCCCAUCAAAGUGAGAAAAAAAGAAGCAUUGCUAAAGUUCCUCAAGGAUCACAAACUCGAGUUCCUCGAACCAAUCGACGAGUCCAAUGUACGAUUAAAUGAUAUACAGACUGCAAUUCACUACUAUGGAGUCGAGCUCAUCCAACAAGCAAUGGAUAUAUGGAAAUUCUUUAAGUUUACCGAACCAUUGCCAGGUAAUCAAGGUGUGGAAAAAGAAGUACAUUUCAAAGAUGGCAUAAAUAGAGUCGAACAAAUUACAACAACUUUCAGGAACCAAGCGUUUCAAAAGUUUUGGUUCAGACGUAUUCAUUUCGAACGGUGCAAAUGGCUAAAGGAUCAUGGAAUUAAGAUCAUGCCAGAUAGUGUCGGAGGUCACUGGAUUAGACCAAAUCAAUCAAAAGUUGACGCCAAUGAAGACAGUAUUUACCAACUAUUACCAGUCUUUAACGGCUUGACAAUUUUGGUCAUGGUAUCUAACGGUACAGAUGAAGGAAAAAAGGUAGAAAGAACAUUAAUCGGUCGAAUUAAAUUGAAUGGUGGAAAGUACACUAGGGAUGUAAAUGGCACAUUCAACUUUAUGGUUACUGACAAGGAAGAUUGGGACAGCACACCAAACAAAAAGGCGAGAGAGAUCUGUAAGGUGAAGAAUAUUCCAGUAGUUUCCAAUGCCACUUAUAUUACAGAGUGCCUGAGACAACAUGUGUAUCUACCUCUACUAUCGUAUGAUCUGUCGUCAGCUGCCAACACUACCAGUAGUGCUGCGAAGGUUUCACCAAGCAAGAAGAGUGGUUCCAAGACAGCUAUCAACACUACCAGUAGUGCUGCGAAGGUGACACCAAGCAAGAAGAGUGGUUCCAAGACAGCUACCAACACUACCAGCGGUUCAACUGUUGCACCAAGCAAGAAGAGUGGUUCCAAGACAGCUACCAACACUACCAGUAGUGAUGCGAAGGUGACACCAACCAACAAGCGUAUCGACUCACCCGCUCCCUCCAUACCGGAUCUUCAAACAAAAAAGAAGUCCAAGAAGACCGACAAUACCGACAAGAAGUCUAUCGAUAGCGAUGAAGACAAAGACAAUAAUCCGAAAUCCCGAAAGAAAUCAAAUCGAAAAGCUGCCAAAGAAUCAGUUGAUAAAACUAGAGUCGUUAUUGGUGCUGGUUGUGGUAAUUUAAAUCAUAUUCAACGAAUGAAAGGUGUGAAAUAUAGUCCUGCCACGGAAAGAAUCACCGAAUCUCUCCAAAGAUACAGUUUCAGUGUUUCGAAAACAAACAUGAAAAUAUCAAUUUCCAACGAGUUCAAUACAUCACAAGUGUUUGGUCCAAACAUCGAUAAACUAGAAAAUGACUUUGUUUCAGCAAUCAACAAACCAGUUUCAAACGAGUGGACGCAGGCAAAGAAAGAUGAAGAGCUCCAUUCGUUAUAUAACCUAUCCAAGGUCAAACCCCCAGGAGAGAGUAAAUCAUAUAAACCAAAAGAUACCAAGAGGGUAUAUAACAAGUCAUUCUCUGUUCGGUUGUACACUGGAAAGGAUGACCAAGGCCAGCCUAAAGAUAUUUUUAUCAAUAGAGAUAUUCUUGCAUGUACAAACAUGAUGGCAAUUGCUAAGGCCUAUUUUUGUGGAAAGCAACGUCCACAACUUUUAGCACCUUUCACCAGUCAACCUAUUAUUAAUACCCCGGGCAAGGAAUGUCCACGACAAAAUUUGAUUUCUGCGUUUACGCAUGAUUGUACUGCAAUAACACAACUUAAUUAA